AGAGGGAUAAACUGGUACAGGAAGAGCUCUGAUUUGUCCCUGAUCUAACCCUAACUCUUUCCAGAACUGCAGGUUCCUCUAACCUGAUGCGACGUACAUCUACUGUGGAUUAAAUCAUCACUAACUCCUGCAUGUGCCUGAUGUUUGCACCUUUAAAUAUGAGCGGCUCUCUCAGGUUUGAUUCUCGUUCGCCUCCAGAAGCCGCUGCGGUACCGCCGGGCCAUCAGCUACGACAGCAAGGAGUACUACAUGCGGCUGCUGUCUGGAAACCCGGGGAUGUACCAGCACUCCGUGGAGCACAGCACGGAGGGAGAGACAGCGCAGCACGAGCCGGAGCACGGAGAGGACACCAUCGCUAGGGUCAAAGGUCUGGUGAAGGCUCCUCUGAAGAGGUCUCGCUCCACAGCUGACGGCACGGACGAGGACAGCCAGGACCAGCUUCAGGACCAGCUGCUGGAGUCUGGAGGUCCAGAAGAAGAGCAGAGGACCGACAACACGUCCCUACUGCGCCUCCUGGAGGAGGGGGAGAAGAUCCAGCACAUGUACCGCUGUGCCAGGGUGCAGGGCCUGGACACCAGCGAGGGUCUGCUGCUGUUCGGGAAGGAGCAUUUCUACGUCAUCGACGGCUACACCAUGACCGUCUCCAGGGAGAUCAGGGACAUCGACACCCUGCCGCCCAAUUUGCACGAGGCCAUCAUUCCCAGAGGGGCGCGGCAGGGCCAGAGCCAGCUGAAGAGAACCUGCAGCAUCUUUGCUUACGAAGACAUCAAGGAGGUUCACAAGCGGCGCUACCUGCUGCAGCCGAUGGCGGUGGAAGUUUUCUCAGCCGAUGGAAGGAACUACUUGUUGGCUUUCCAGAAAGGCGUUCGCAACAAAGUUUACCAAAGGUUCUUGGCUGUUGUGCCGUCGCUGGCUGACAGCUCAGAGUCUGUUUCAGGCCAGAGGCCCAACACCAGCGUCGAACAAGGGUCUGGACUUCUCAGCACGCUGGUUGGUGAGAAGUCAGUCACUCAAAGAUGGGAGCGAGGUGAGAUCAGUAACUUCCAGUACCUGAUGCAUCUGAACACGCUGGCGGGACGCUCGUACAACGACCUGAUGCAGUACCCGGUUUUCCCCUGGAUCCUGGCCGACUUCGACUCAGAGGAGUUGGACCUGAACAACCCAAAGACGUUCCGAAACCUGGCCAAGCCGAUGGGCGCCCAGACCGACGACCGGCUCACCCAGUACAAGAAGAGAUACAAAGACUGGGAGGAUCCCAACGGUGAAACCCCAGCGUACCACUACGGGACCCACUACUCCUCCGCCAUGAUCGUUGCCUCGUAUUUGGUCCGGAUGGAGCCAUUCACGCAGAUUUUCCUCAGACUUCAGGGAGGUCACUUUGACCUUGCAGACAGGAUGUUCCACAGCGUCCGGGAGGCGUGGCUCUCCGCCUCCAAACACAACAUGGCCGACGUCAAGGAGCUGAUCCCAGAGUUCUUCUACCUGCCUGAGUUCCUGCUGAACUCCAAUAACUUUGAUCUGGGUGCCAAGCAGAACGGCACCAAGCUGGGUGACGUCAUCCUCCCGCCGUGGGCCAAAGGUGACCCCCGGGAGUUCAUCAGAGUCCACAGAGAGGUAGGAGAAUUAGAGGGCAGUAACAAGUAGAAUCCACUUUUUUGAGCUUUACA